CCGGAAGUGAGGUAAGUGCUUCUGAGGUGAGGUGGAUUGUGGGACAUUGUUGUGCCAUAUUGACACACGACUGAAGGAAAUGGACGCGGGUUUUUUCCGCGGCACCAGUGCGGAGCAGGAUAACCGCUUCAGCAACAAACAUAAGAAGCUGCUGAAGCAGCUGAAGUUUGCAGAAUGUAUGGAGAAGAAGGUGGAUAUGACCAAGGUCAACCUGGAAGUCAUCAAACCCUGGAUCACCCAGCGUGUGACGGAGAUCCUUGGCUUCGAGGAUGAUGUUGUCAUAGAAUUUGUCUUCAACCAGCUGGAGGAAAAGAAUCCAGAUGGAAAGAUGAUGCAGAUUAAUUUGACUGGGUUCCUGAAUGGAAAGAAUGCCCGGGAGUUCAUGAAGGACCUCUGGCCGCUCUUGCUAAGCGCUCAGGAGAACAUUGCUGGUAUCCCAUCUGCCUUUCUGGAGCAGAAGAAAGAGGAGAUCAAACAGAGACAGAUCGAACAGGAGAAACUCGCUUCUCUGAAAAAGAUUGAUGAAGAUAAAAGGGAGAAAGAGAGCAAGGAAAGAGCUCAGUCCAAAAGCCCUAAACGGAGGAGGUCCCGCUCCCCUGUGAAGCGGGAUCGUAAAGCCAGUCCCUCUCGGUCUCCUCGCCGAAAACCAAGUCCAGCUGCCUCGCCGCCUUCUAGUCCACCUAAUAAUAAAGAAGAACCAGAGCAAGAACCGGACCAGUCAGAGAGCUCCAAACCAGAACCGCUUGUCCAGGAGGCUUCCUCUACCAGUGAUGUAGUGGGUGAGGUGAAGCCAGACUCCAUGUCUGAGGCUGUGAAAGAGAAGUCUCCAGAGAAAAUAUCAAAAUCGGAGGACAAGCCCAAACCCAGAGAACGGGACCGAGACAAGGAUGGACGCAGAGAUAGACCACGCCACCGUUCUCGUUCCCGAUCACCUCGCUCUCGCAGACGACCCAGAUCACGCUCCAGGUCGUUCUCUCCUCGCCGCAGAUCAAGUCCCAGGAGACGAAUCUCUCCAAGACGUAGGAGUCCCCCUAGACGCCACCCUCCACCUAGACAUCGACGCAGCCGGUCACCUGUCCGCAGGCGGCGCUCUCGCUCCCGAUCCUCCUCAGGCAGUUCUUCAUCUCAGUCACCCCAAAAGAUUGCAGGUAAGCGUGGGUCAGCCACCCCGCCCAGAAAACUUCCACGCCGCUCAGAACCCUCCAGCCCCUCCAGAAGACGAGGCCCCAGCCCCUCUGGACCAGAUACCAGACCUUCAGCUUUGAAGCACAGGCCUGGUGGAAGGAACAACUCACGCUCUCCUUCUCCCAAACCGAGACGAUCCGAUGCAUCAGAGUCUGAGGGGGAGAAGGUGGGCAAAGAGUCAAUGGCAGAUUCUGUCCAGCAGCGACGUCAGUAUCGCAGACAGAAUCAGCAAUCCUCCUCAGGUUCAUCCUCUUCCUCAGAAGAUGAAGGUCCAAGGCGGCAGAACAGGGGGGCAGCUGCCAGAAAUGGAGACAUUAGGAGGAGGAAGCGGAGCCAUUCAGCUGCAUCACCACGGAGGCGGCACAGAGAUGCAUCCCCAAGAAAGAGACGUUCUCCAUCACCUGCUGGUCGUAGACAUCGCUCCCCCUCUCCUCGCCGCCGCAGGUCACCCUCUCCCCCAAGACGCAGAUCUCCAUCCCCACUUCCUCGACGCCACUCUCCCGCCAUUCAGCGUCGCUACAGCCCCUCCCCUGUCUCAGCUCAGAAAAGACGCCCAUCAGUGUCUCCCCCUCCCAAGCGCAGAGGGUCUCCUUCACCUGUGCCCAGACGCAGAGGGUCUCCAUCCCCUGUGACCAAGCGCCGAGGGUCUUCUUCACCUGUCGCCAAGCGUAGAGGGUCUCCCUCCCCUGUGCCCAGACGCAGAGGGUCUCCCUCCCCUGUGGGCAAGCGCAGAGGGUCUCCCUCCCCUGUGGGCAAGCGCAGAGGGUCUCCCUCCCCUGUGGGCAAGCGCAGAGGGUCUCCCUCCCCUGUGGCCAAACGUCACCCCUCUCCCUCUCGUUCCCCCAAGUGGAGUCGUGGUAGCAGUCCAGGAAAGAGACGCACUUCACCCUCUUCUACUUCGCCUCCACCCCGCCACCGUAGAAGUUCUCCAAAUCCCUCUGCAGCCCAACGGGGCCGGGACACCCGCUCCUCUCCCCCUCAGCUUGCUACUCGAGUGUCUUCCAGUCCUCAGGGUCGAUUUGUCCCUUUUGAUUCCUCCCCGCAGAGACAAAGACGUCAGGCAUCCCCCCCUCGUGGUUCUAGACCCAUUCGCAGGGUUUCACGCACACCAGAACCUCGCAAAUCUCAGAGUGGUUCUCAGAGCCCCCAGCCGGUAAGGAGGCAGGUUUCUCGAUCCCCAUCUGCUUCUCCUCCUCCGGUGGCUCACAAGCGGCCUGCUUCAGUUUCUCCCUCUCGUUCUGCUAGUCGCUCCCCACUUCCACCUCCCAAAAAGAACAGCAGUGUUUCCCCAACUCCAUCACCUAACAAGAACUCGGAUGUAGAAGCUGGUAAGAAGAAGAAAAAGAAGAAAGACAAGAAACAUAAGAAAGAUAAAAAACACAAGAAGCAUAAAAAACAGAAGAAGGAGAAGGGGGGAGAAGAGAAAAGUGGAGCGGUGGAAGGAGGUCUUGGACAGGAGGCAGAGCCAGACUCUGACCAGAAAAAGACUUCAGACGUUUGACUGCAGUUUUAACAAACACAAAGCAACUUCUACUAGAGUGAAGAUUUCGAACGUCAUUAAUGUGAAAGCCUAAAUGUAAUGUCAUGCCUGAUUUUAAUGAGUCAGACAUAAUUAAUGCUACCUUUCUUGAAGGAAUCAGAAAGCGAAGUAGAAGACAGUUUGGAUGAUCUAGAGAAGCAUCUGCGUGAGAAAGCUCUCCGCUCUAUGAGGAAGGCCCAAAUGUCUCCAUCUUCUCAGUCCUGAGGAGAAAUCUGCCACACCUCUAUUACACUCUCUGCAUUUUAAAUGUUUGAUGUUGAUUCAGCUUUAGAAUGUACAAAUUGUUAAAAUGCACCCUAGAAUUUUUUUUUUUUUUUUUUUGGAUUUAUUAUUAUUUGGCAUGUUUAUUGCUGGAGUUUUAUGAUGCUCGAUUUGUGAUCGAGCAGCUGAUGUUUCUGGAUCACCUUUUGUCCUCUUCUCCACUCUUAAAUACUGUCAAGAACCGUUUAUCCAAAAACAACCUUUUUUUUUUUUUUUUUGUCCCCAGACCCCCUCCUGUUGCUUUUACUGUUAUGAUGAAACAUAUAAGGAAAACUCAUUUGCAGUUCUGAGUUAAAAAUUUACAAGUUAGCUUAUGGAUUCUCUCAACUUUGGCAGGACUUUUUAUGAGAGUUUUGUUUGCAUGGAUAGCAGACUUAAGUGUGCUUGUCCUCUUGUGUGCAUGAUCUAUACCAAAAGACCCAAUGAGCUGUGAGAGCUCAUCCAGCAAGCUGCUCUCAAUUCAUCUGAGCAUUGGGGAAACUCUCGAGAGCUCUACUGUGCACAAGAGAACAAAUCAGAAAUGUCUGUUUUCAUCCUUUAUUUUUUGCAUUCUAUUUUUUGUAACCUAAGUUGUGUUUAAAAUUGUUGAACCUUGCCGUAAAUUCUGGCUUUAAACAGUCACAUUAAAAUGAAAGAAAAUAUUUA